AUGUCCUCCUCUGAAAGCCACUACAUUGCUCCCGAUGCAGCUGCAUCAUUCGCUAAGGCCGUGCUGGUCAAAGGCGGCCUGUCUGAAGAUGACGCCCAAAUGAUGGCCAAUUGCUUGGUUCAGGCCGAUGUGCGCGGCGUGGGCACCCACGGGCUGAUGCGCCUUGAGCAAUAUCUGGCCCGUGUCACAUCCAAGCUCGUCAACCCGAGCCCCUCCAUCAAGGUCGACGAAAAGACCCCUGUCGCCGCCCAUCUUGACGGCGACAAUGGUUUCGGCUUCAUCGUUGCCACUCGCGGCAUGCAGGAAGCAAUCAAUCGCGCAAAGACCUACGGUAUUGGCAUCGUCACAGCCAACCAUUCCAACCAUUUCGGCAUGGCCGCCACCUAUGUCUUGCAGGCUCUGCAAGAAGGCAUGAUCUCCCUCGUCUUCACCAAUUCUGCUCGCCAAAUGGCCCCCUUCGGCGGCAAGGAAACCCUGCUGGGAAUUUCUCCCUUCGCUGCUGGAGCUCCCUCCAAGGAUGAGGUCCCCUACAUCCUCGACAUGGCCCCCUCCGUCGUUGCAAAGGGAAAGAUCCGUCGCGCUGCUCUCCGCGGCGAGGACAUUCCCCUGGGCUGGGCUAUGGACGCCGACGGCAAUCCUACCACCAACUCCAAGGAGGCCUUGAACGGAAUGAUGGCUCCUAUCGGUGGGCCAAAGGGCUCUGGAAUCGCCAUCCUUAUGGAUGUCAUGUCGGGCGUUCUCUCAGGCGCUGCUUUUGGUGGAGAGGUCGGUGACCAGUACAAGGAAGCAAGGCCUCAGAAUGUCGGCCAUUGCUUUAUUGCCAUCAAGCCUGAUAUUUUCAUGUCGUCCGAUGAUUUCCGCUCGCGCAUGGACGUCUUGGCCCAGCGCGUUCACGCUGUUCCUCCGGCCCCCGGAUUCUCUGAGGUUCUCUUUCCAGGUGAGCCAGAACACAGGCUCUCCCAGCAGCGAACUCGUCAGGGAAUUCCAUUUGCCGACGCAGACAUCAAAAUGUUCAAGGAUAUGGCCGCCAAGCUGGACGUGCCCUUACCCCCUAUUUCAUCCUCGCCCUUGGAUGGUUGA